GUUCGAGACUGACCAAUCAUUUUACUCAGAUGACUCACGAUUCUGAUUCGGGACCAGCCCUGCUGGGCGUGGCAGCCAGCUAUGACCGCUGCAAUAGGGCAGACAGUAGCAUGUUCAACCAUUCUCAAAUUGUGGAGCAGGAGCUGCAUCCCAAACGCAACGAGGGCACCUCCAGCAAGCAGCCAGACGUGACUCAAACAGAGAAGUUGCGCAUGCUGCUGCACGGCUUGUAAGUGCUCUUGUCUGUGGCCUUGCUGGGUUAGCAUAUCUAGCAUAUCUACUGAGCACCUGUAGCACCUGCAGGGGCAGUGAGGCAUACCGGGUGACCACGUACCUGUGGGUGGCAAAAUCUCCAUCCUUAGUGCUGGAGGACGGCAGCUUGGUUCAGGACUGGGACAAUGCACCGCCGGUUCAUUCAAUUGGGCUAGAAUGGCUCCGCUCUAUGCCAGAUGAAGUGGUGAUAUGGUGCGCCUCUGUUUUUUUUGUUGGGUUGGGUUGGGGGCACAUGCUAACCCUCUUCCACAGGUACUUGACAUCGUUCAGGAAUGUAGGGCCCAAAACGGCCGGGUGUAUCAAGCUGUUGCAGCUAGGUCGACAGGUAUUGCUUUUAUGAGCUUUUGUGUGUGAGCCUCGGUUAACAUCCUUAAGCAGGAGCUUCCGGUAGAUGUCAACGUGCAACGGAUCAUGACCAGGCUUUCAGUCCUGAGCCCCAACCUUUCUCAGGACAAGGCCAACGAGGCCAUGUCCGGGCUCUUGAAUCAUAUGGGCUUGCUCGAGGAGGACUUGUAUAACCUUCACAACCAACUCAUAACGUUUGGCAAGGUAAGUGGGUAAUCAUACUAAUCAUACACCAACGCAAGGUCUUGACAUUCAUUCCCUGCAGGUUGUGUGCACGGAAAGAAAGCCUAGAUGCCACAUCUGCAGUCUCAACUCUGCGGGCAUAUGCAAUUUCAAAGAAGUGCGGGACAUUGAGGACAUUGCGGGCCGGGCUGGGCUAGCUGGGCUAGCUGGGCAGGGGCAGGGGUCCGGGGUUGGAGUUUCCACUC